CACAAUAAACAUGUCUGCCAAAACUAUCGUCCUUUUCUGCGCCCAAGCUCUCUUGGUCCAGACUAUCUCUGCAUACUGCGGCGCUGGUUUGGGUUACGAAACUCCUUUGAUGGCCGCAGCUCCCUUCGGCGCCGCUCCCUGGGCUGGUUAUGGAGCCGGAUGCGGAUGCGGUCUGGCCGCCACUAUCUCUGCAUACUGCGGCGCUGGUUUGGGUUACGAAGCUCCUUUGAUGGCCGCAGCUCCCUUCGGUGCCGCUCCCUGGGCUGGUUACGGAGCCGGAUGCGGAUGCGGUCUGGCCGCCGUCCCAACUUCCAGCGGCGGUGGAUUCCCCACCUCCAGUGCUUCCCCCAUCCCACCUGUCGGUUUGUCCGUUCUCUCUGAGAACGAGAUCGGAGGCAUCCUAGCUGUCGGCGGUGAGCUUCCUUUCCUGGGUACCGUCGGUCUGGAGGGUGCUCUACCUACCGCUGGUGCUGGUGCCGUCUCCUUCGGCUGCGGCAACGGUGCCGUAGGCAUGGUGAGCGAAGACAUCGCUGGUCCUGCUUGGGGCUACCCCGCUGCCGCUGGUUUGGGCUACGGACCCGGCCUCGCUGCCGGAAUCGGCUACGGUCCCGCUAUCGCUGGACGUGCCUUCGGUGGAUGUGGUUGCGGAAUCUAUUGA